GGAGGAGGAGGAGGGAGGAAGGGGCGGUGAUGCCGGGCGGUGCUGCCUCCCCGCUGCCCCCACCGCGCCGGGCGCGCCCGCGGAGCGCACGGAGGGACCCGCACGGCUGCCAGCUUGGCCGGGAAGGAGGGAAAGCGGCAGGAGGAUCCGAGCGGCCCGGUGAAGGCUGGCAGCGCCGGAGCCCGUUUGGGGUUUGGCCGGCGGGGAGGGAGGGAAGAAGGAGGUGAAGCCGCUCGUUUUGUUGGGGUUUUUUUGUUUCUUUUUCUAUUUAAUCCCUUUCCUUGGCUCGAGUCAGAGGCUGAAGUCACCGCCGUGCACGUCCCGAAGCUUUUCCCCCGCCGCGGGGGUCUGGCCGUUCCCCAGAAUGAUGCACCGACACCCGUGAGUGGGACUUUUUGGGGAGCGGAGCCGCUUCGUGCCGGGGCAUGAGACCGGGCAACUCGUCACACAGGUCUGGCCCUCCCAUGGCUUCAGCAAUGCUGCCGGGGAAAGUGGAGAAGAGGAUGGCUUCGUCUGUCUUCAUCACGCUGGUGCCGCCGCGGAGGGAGGUGGCGACCAAGGACAAACCCCACCGGGAACCGCAGCCAGACGGUGCCGAGGUCCCCAGCAGCCGUCGCCCCCGAAGCCCGGCACCGCGGCCCCCUGCGCUCCCCAAUGGAGAAACCCACCCAGUGGCCCCCACCCCCGUCCUCGUCCUCUCGGAAGCGCCCCAGCCCUUGUCCGCCGAGGCGCUGGGUCCGGCGCUGCAGCAACUGGACCUCGCGGAACCCAGCGCCCUCCAGGCCCCUUCUGCCUUUCCCGCCAAAUUGAGGACGCCCACAUUUUGCCAGGAGCAAGCGAGCAGGUCGCAGUGGCAGGAUGUGAACGGGUACACGGAGAGGGAUGGUUCUAGAGAUGUCUGUGCCUUUUGCCACAAAGCGCUGGGGCCGCGGGACGUGACGGUGGAGGCGAUGCAGAAACAGUACCACGCUGACUGCUUCACCUGCCGGACCUGCCACCGGCUCCUGGCCGGCCAGCGCUACUACCAAAAAGAUGGUCGCCCCACGUGUGACACCUGCUACCAGGCCACGCUGGAGAAAUGUGCCAAGUGCCAGGGGCUGAUCGUGGACCAUGUUGUCCAUGCCCUGGGCAAGGGCUACCACCCUGGCUGCUUCUCCUGCAGCGCCUGCGGCCGGGCCAUCGGCACCGAGAGCUUCGCGCUGGGCGAGCGGGAUGAGGUGUAUUGUGUGACAGACUUCUACAGGAAAUACGCCGUGGUUUGCAGCGCCUGUGAACAGCCCAUUGUCCCCGGCGAGGACAAGGACACCUACAAGAUCGAGUGUCUGGGUCGCAGUUUCCACGAGAGCUGCUACUGCUGCGAGAGCUGUGGGACGCCCCUGUCGCCGGAGCCCACGGAGAGCGGGUGCUACCCCCUGGGCGACCACCUCCUCUGCAAGUCCUGCCACGUCCGCCGCAGAAACGAGUCGUCCUGCUAAAACCCAGUGGAUCAGCCUCUGCUGUGCCUGGCAAAGCUGCGGAAUCGGGGUUUUUAUCACCAAAAUGGCCCUGGAGCCGCUUCUGCCACGUGGAGAAGCGCAGAUGUGAUGCCCCGAUGUGGCUCUGUGCUCGUUUUGAACACAAAAAGCCGCGGCAGUGGCGGAGGACCUGAGGUUUUAUUCAUUUGUUUCUUUUUUUAAAGUCCUUUCCCGAGGCCAGUUUGGUUUCCUUGGGUGUUUUGUUGUGUUUUUCUGUUUAUUUCUUCUCAAUUUUCCUCGGGGUUUCACUUGAACGUUUCUCUCUGUGGUGACGCGGAGCAGGCGCUGAUAUAGUUAAAUAAAACCCCGAGUUUAAAA